AUGAAACGUGCAAGAACAUCUCCCGAAGUGGAGCCUAUAGAAGAACAUGAUAGUGGUUUUGUGGGUCCUAUGACAUUAUUUGAUACAUUUCCCCAUAAUGACACAUUUGAGGAAACGCGUCAACUGCACUGCAUAGCAUCCCCAGUUGACAAUCAAGCCGAAGUUUAUACAUUUAUGCAUAAUCGUCAGGAUUACAGUGUUUUUGAUACUAAUGAUGCUAAAUUGUAUGCAAAAUUGAGGUUACACACAAUGGCUGGUAAUGCUGUACCGGCUGCUGAUCGUCGUAUUUCCGUAAAUAUGGCACCCUUAAAAUUUGGUUGGAAAACCAAAGCUGGCGUAUUUAAAUAA